AAUAAGUAGUUAUUUAUUUGUACAUGAUAGUUAAGAAGCUAUAAAAUAUGUUAAACAUUCUAUGAAUAUAAGUAUAUGGUUAGAGUUUUAGCUCUAGUUUUGGAUAGAGAUCAGUAUUUUUUAAAUCCCAGGCUAUGACCCAUCAUGAAAUAAUUCAGCCAGCACUUUUACUAAUUAAAUAGAAUACAUUAGACUAGAAUAAAACAGAAAACAAGCGCAUUACACAGAGUAAGGAUUCAAUUGUAUAUAUACUCAUGUGUGUAUGUACUGAGUAGACAUUUAUUACUGUAGGAAUAUAGCAGAAUUUUAGAAAUUUCCAAAUGCAACUAAAUAAAUCAUAUGUAAUAAUUUCACUGCUGGGUAUAUAUCCAAAAGAAAGGAAGUGAACAUAUCAAAAAGAUAUCUUCACAGCCAUGUUUAUUGCAGCACUAUUCACAGUAACCAAAAUAUGGAAUAAGCCUAAGUGCUCAUCAAUGAAUGAAUAAAGAAAAUGUGAUAUAUAUACACAAUGGUAUAUUAUUCAGCCAUGUAAAAGAAUAAAAUCCUGCCAUUUGCAGCAACAUGGAUGGAACUGGAGGUCAUUACAUUAAAUGAAACAAGCUAAGCACAGAAUGACAAAUAUUGUAUGUUUUCACUUAUAUGUGGGAGCUAAAAAUGUGCAUCUCAUGAAGACAGAGAGUAGCUUGGUGGUUACCAGAUGCCAGGAGGGGUAGCAAAAGGGAAACAAAAGAGAAGUUGACUAAUGAGUACAAACAUAUGGUUUCAUAGAAGAAAUAAGACCUAGUGUUCAAUGGAUUAGAAGAGUGACUAUAGUUUACAGUAAUCUAUUGUAUAUUUCAAAACAGCCAGAAGAGAAUAAUUUGAAUGUUUCUAACAUAAAGAAAAGACAAAUAUUUAAGGUGACAGAUAGCCCAAGUACACAGAUUUGAUCUUUAUAAAUUAAAUGAGUAUAUCAAAUUAUCGCAUGUACCCUAAAACUAUUUACAUCUAUUAUGUAUCAAUUAAAAAUUGUUAAAAAUAAAUUUGCAAGAAACAGAAAAAUAUAUAUACAAAUAAAUAAUAUAAAUACACAUUUAUAGUAUAAGAAGUAUACUAUAUAUACAAUAGAUUACUGUAUGAUGAAAUGUACAAUGAAAUAUACAAUAGAUUACUGUAGUCCAAGAAAGGUGACAGGUAACUACAUUCUGAUCAUAAGACAACACAAACAGAGUAGACCCUCUAUGGGUACAAAAGUCAAGACACAAAGAUCUCUGUUUAAAUCCAGCCAAAGUUAGGGCAAACUGCCAUUCUCUUAACUUAAUUCAAGAUUAUGCAAUCAGUAAAAAUCACAAAUUUAAAAAAUAAUUCAUAUAACAAAGGCUCAAAUUGGUGAGAAGACCUGAUAGCAGGAUCAUUGACAUGGUCAUCAUCCCUCUUUCUAUCCUUAUAUAUAGACAUAGACACCAGCACACUUCCACAUGCAUGGAUAUAAGUACCCUGCAAUGAAGGAAUACAGAGGGCAAGCAUCUGAUGUAAUCAUCACAAACUGAGGAAAGAGUCCAUGCUAUUAAAGCAAUUUAAGUAUUAACAUAUUUUGAACUCUAACGAAAGUAGAUUUGAAAAUAAGAUGUAAUGAAUACUAUAAUAUCAUACUAACAUUGAAUUUAUCAUAGAUGACAAAAUGUCCUUGUACUUCAUUUGUAAUGCAUAAUUUUCUCUUAGUAAGUGACUAAGAUCAAAAUAUAAUUGAAGGUGUUUACUUAGAAAACACUCAAUAAUAUGUACAGUUGCAGCAUGCUUAAACAUUUGCCUUAGACAUUCAGACUUGGUGAGCUCCUUGUUUCUUCUACAGGGAAAUGGGGGGAAAUCAGACUUCCAUCACAGAGUUCCUCCUACUGGGAUUUCCCAUUGGCCCAAGGAUUCAGAUGCUCCUCUUUGGGCUCUUCUCCCUGUUCUACAUCUUCAUCCUGUUGGGGAAUGGGACCAUCCUGGGGCUCAUCUCACUGGACUCCAGACUCCACACCCCCAUGUACUUCUUCCUCUCACACCUGGCGGUCGUCGACAUCGCCUGUGCUUGCAACACGGUGCCCCAGAUGCUGGUGAACCUCCUGCAUCCAGCCAAGCCCAUCUCCUUUGCUGGCUGCAUGACCCAGAUGUUUCUGUUUUUGAAUUUUGCACAUACAGAAUGUCUCCUCCUGGUGGUGAUGUCCUAUGAUCGGUACGUGGCCAUCUGCCACCCUCUCCGAUAUUCUACCAUCAUGACCUGGAAAGUCUGCAUCACUUUGGCAUUGACUUCCUGGAUUUUAGGAGUCUUAUUGGCCCUUGUCCAUCUAGUGUUACUGCUACCACUGUCCUUCUGUGGACCCCAGAAACUUAAUCACUUUUUCUGUGAAAUUAUGGCUGUUCUCAAACUUGCCUGUGCAGAUACCCACAUUAAUGAGGUAAUGGUUUUGGCAGGGGCAGUGUCUGUGCUGGUGGGACCCUUCUUUUCCACUGUAAUAUCUUAUGUUCAUAUUCUAUGUGCCAUUCUAAAGAUCCAGUCAGGAGAGGGGUGCCAGAAAGCCUUCUCCAUCUGCUCCUCCCACCUCUGUGUGGUUGGACUCUUUUAUGGCACAGCCAUCAUCAUGUAUGUUGAGCCCCAGUAUGAGAGCCCCAAGGAGCAGAAGAAAUAUCUCCUGCUGUUUCACAGCCUCUUCAAUCCCAUGCUUAAUCCCCUAAUUUAUAGUCUUAGGAACAAGGAAGUCCAAGGUACUCUAAAGAGGAUGCUUGAAAAGAAGAGAACUUCAUGAAAGCCUGAAAGAAUAGUAAAAUAGCUGGCUUCAAAGGGCUUUGAGAUUACAUCUGAACCCAUCCCUACUCAGGAUACAUAAUCACACUCUAGGGAACCCUUUCCAUCUUCUUGAAAUUUUCCUAUGACUACCUCCCGAGAAAGCCCAUUCUGCUUUCCUCUCUCCAGCAUUGAAGGUCGGAGCUGCACAAUUAAUAAAAAUAUGUUUAUACUAGCUGUAUAGUGUACACACUUUUAAUAUAAUUAUGUGAAAUAUUCUGAAAGUUGGAAAUAAAUGUGUAUCUUUUUGUUCUGUAAAUAAGACUUGAAGGCGAAUUUUUGUAGAAUAAGGAUAUGGGAGUUAGGAGAGACUGAUAACAAAGUCAUUAUUUAAUUAUUCUUAAUUUAGAAAGUGCCGGCCGGGCCCGGUGGCUCACGCCUGUAAUCCCAGCACUUUGGGAGGCCGAGACGGGCGGAUCACGCGGUCAGGAGAUCGAGACCAUCUUGGCUAACACGGUGAAACCCCGUUUCUACUAAAAAUACAAAAAAUUAGCGGGGCGUGUUGGCGGGCGCCUGUAGUCCCAGCUACUCGGGAGGCUGAGGCAGGAGAAUGGCGCGAACCCGGGAGAGGCGGAGCUUGCAGUGAGCUGAGAUCGCACCACUGCACUCCAACCUGGGGGACACAGCGAGACUCCGUCUCAAAAAAAAAAAAAAAAGAAAGUGUCAUAUUUAGGCCAGGCGU